AAAAAAACCUACAAAGAAAAAUGGAAAGCGUUUUGAUGCCAAACGAAAUUGAUUUGUUUGUGGACUCGAUGGUGCCACAAAACAUGAAAAAUUUGGGAACUGAACAAUGGUUAGACUGGCACAACAGACUGCAGAAACUGAACCAAGAAGCUGCAGUUGAAGCUGCUUGUUUAAAGGAAGAACAUGUCAAAGAGACUCUUGUAUCUUUUGGAAAGGCCAAAAUUCUUGUUCACGAAGCUAUCCUAAUCAACAUCUGGAAAUACACAGUUUUACCAAAAUUACUAAAGCUAGAACCUAAUCCAGAAAGUACUUUUAUAGCUUAUUCCAUACUGUAUCAUGAAGGAGUUUGCGUGUCACUUUUGGAGCUUGUUAUGUACCAUUCUAGUUGCUGUGAAGCUCUGGAAGACUCUGCAAUAGACCUUCUCGAUUAUGUUAGUGGUGUUAUUUCUCAGCUUCUGAAUGUUAAACAAGAAGAAACACCAAAACAUCAUGAAAAUGCUCAAGAAGAAUUAUUCAGGCAACGAAAAAAUUUGUCAUUUGAAAUUGGGAUCAAGGGUUUGGGAAUUUUGAGAUAUUUGGCUGAGAACAUGGAGCGGUUGCCAGUUUCAGUUUGCAGUCGUUUAUAUGGAACUCAUGACGUUCCAGUACUUUUAACAGAAAUUUUAAUGAGUAAACCUUGGCUGAAUAACGGAAAACAAUAUGUAGCUGGCAAGUGGAAGGAUUGGGAUUAUGAGCAACUUGGACAAGCUGAAGCACAGGUCUGGCUGACAUUAAGAUACAUCCUCUUGGAUCCUGAAUGUAUGAAAUACUAUCCCAUUACAGAAAGCAGACGAAACCAAUUGACCAGACUUCUUCCGUUAAUGUCUCCCACUCUAUUGGACCAAUUAUCACCUAUGUUUGAGUUGAAGCAUUGGUUAUGUAAAGUUUCUUGCCUGCAAGAAUAUUCAGCGCCUCCGAAGCCUCUAUUACUUGAAGCAAUUUUAGACAUAAAAGAAUGCAUAAUGCAAGAAUGCGGUGGAAAAUGGAAGGAAAUUGCCAGAAAACAAGUUGGCAAUAUUUUUACAAAGAACAAGGAAAGCUUGAAGGAUGCUGCAAUGAAAUUAACUGAUGCAUACAAUACGGAUCUUCUGGAACAAUUUGAAGUCAAAGACAGUCAAAUGUGCGCACAAUGCGGCAAAAGCGCCAUCCAGAGGUGUUCAAAAUGUAAACAGUCCUGGUACUGUUCCAGAUCUUGUCAAGUCAACCAUUGGCCACAACAUAAGGAGGAUUGUAUUGUUUAAAUUUUCUUUAAUUCCAUGUUUUAAAGUUAAAACAGAAAUUGCGUUUCUUAUCAAUUUUUUCUAUAAUCUUGACAGUUUUUUAUGUUAGAUAUACCUCAUUGACUUAAAAUAAACUGAGGUUGGUUCUAAAUUCAAAAAAUCCAGUAAAAAAAUAAUUUUAUUUUCUGUUGUAACAAAAAUAAGAAAUCAAACUUAAGGACCGAGACUCAGUUACAAAUGAAAGAAUUAAAUAUGACAGAAACAAUAGAUAAAACCCAAUAAAUAAAGUGCUGCAAUAUAAAACUUAAUCAAAAGAAUACAAUAGAAUAGAAUAGAAUAGAAUAGUAGCUUUAUUUCAAAUUAAGUUUUUACAAUACAUAUUACAGCAUUACAAAAUAACAUGAAAUGAAAUGGCGUCACAAAACAAUAUACUUAAAUUACAUAUCCAAGUAAUCUUUCACACAAUAUGGUUCUAUGUCUAUUAACAAUUUCUUGGUUUUAUUUUUAAAUUCCUUGUAGUUUUCUAUUAUUUUAAAGUCGUUUGGUAAUUUAUUAAAUAUUUUAAUACAGUUAUAAGAUGGAUUUUUUUCACUUAAAGUUAAUCUAUGAAUAGGAUAAUAAAUAUCUGUGGUCCUUGUAUUGUAUGUGGUGUUAGUGUUAUGUAUUAAAAAUUCAUUUUUGUUUUUAUGCAAAUAUAAGAGGCACUCGUGUAUGUAUAGACCAUAAACUGUUAAAAUACCCAACUCCCUGAAUUUGCCUCUACAGGAGUCUCUGAAGCUCAUGUUAAGCAAUAACCUGAUAGUUCGCUUUUGGACUACAAAGACUGAUUGUGUUGAAGAACUGACUCCCCAGAAAAUGAUACCGUACCUCAUCCGAGACUCAAAAUUUGCAUAGUAAAGGAUUUUUUUAACUUUGUCUUCUACAUAUCUGUUUAGUACUCUGAGUGCAAAACAAACACCGUUCAAUUUUUUCACUAAACUUUCAAUGUGUGUUGACCAUUUUAGAAAUUCAUCAAUUAUAACACCUAAAAAUUUAGUGUGCUCUGAUAUGUCAAUUUCCUGAUUAUGGAUACUUAUUGCUGAUGGUUUCUCUUUUAGUUUAUUAGUGCGAAAAAUCACAAUGCUUGUCUUGCUCUCGUUUAUAACUAGUUCAUUUUUCUCAAACCAAUCCUCUGCUCGAGAAUAUAGCUCAUUGCUUUUUUCUUCCAAGUCAUGCCGAUCCACUCCGGCGACCAGCAGAUUGGUGUCAUCCGCAUAAUUUGUUAUUGCAGACUCUUCCAAUCCGCUGCACACCGAACUCAGAUCGUUUAUCAUGACCAGGAAUAGUAUCGGCCCUAGUAUGCUCCCCUGGGGUACUCCCACCUGAUUUUGCAGCCAUCCUGAUCUAGAUGAGUUAUUGUUCCUAUGAAUUUCCACACAUUGCCAGCGAUCUGAUAAGUAUGAGGUCAGCCAACUCAGAGCUCUUCCCUUUAUACCAUAAUUUUUUAGCUUUUCUUUUAAAUAGUUUCUGUUUAGGCAGUCAAAAGCCUUUGAUAAGUCGAUGAAUAGCCCAGCAGCUAAUUUAUUUUCUUCAAGAAAUUUGAGUAUAUUAUAUGUAAAUUGAAAAAUUGCUGUAUUUGUCGAUUUACCCUUUAGAUAUGCAUGUUGUGAUGAACUAACCAGAUUACAUUCAUUAAAAAAACUUAACAGUCUAAGGGACAUUGCCAUUUCAAAGAUUUUUGAAAAGCUAUUUAGCAAACUUAUGGGUCUGUAAUUUUCUAAUUUUUCUGGAUCUCCUGACUUAAAAAUCGGUUUUAUGAGAGUUACCUUUAGCUGGUUAGGAAAAAUGCCAAAUUUGAAUGAAUUAUUUAUAACAUAACAAAUAACUAUCUUUAUACUUGGAAUGCCUAGUUUAACAAUAUUCACGGGAAUUUCAUCAAUGCCACUACUUAGUUUAUUUUUAAGUUUUUGAGAUAUUUCUAUUAUUUCUUCUGGGAUAAAAGGUCUUAUAUAUAAAGAAGCAUUGUUUUUUAUGUUGUCACAAUUGAAAUUUUUACUGUUCUUUAUUAGAUUUGGAAUUAAUUCGAUUAGAAAGUUAUUGUAAUUAUUGGCUAUUGAUUCAGGUGUCCCCCGGAUUUGGCAGUUUGCAUUUCUGGGAGAGUUGCCCUGAAUGUCGUUGCAUACUGUCCACAUUGCUUUAUUUUUAUUAUCUGAUGAUCUUAUUUUGUUAUUAUAAUGGUUUUUUCUCGAUUCAACUAAGAUUUUAUCAUAACUUUUUUUUUCAGCUUUGUACAAUUCUUUAAAACUACUAUCAGAAUUGCUUAAUCCUAACAAUAAAUCUAAAUUUUGCUUACAUGCUGCCAGUUCAGGGUUGCAAUAAAACAUCUUAUUUUUCGAUUUAUGUCUUACAGUUUUUUUUGGAAAGUGCUCAUUGAAAAGUUUUAAAAAAAUUGAAGAAAAAUUAUCCCACUGACUAUCUACAUUGUGAGCCUCUAUUUUAUAAACUGAUUCCCAGUUUUCCUGUCCUAGCUUAUUUACAAACUCUAGUUUUGACUGUUCUGAAUAUGUUCUCACUAAUUUACUAGGAAUAGUUUUGUUGUUUUGUAUGUUAAAAGAAAUUUUUUGUGCAAAAUGAUCAGAAAUAUGAUUUGAAAUUAUAAAACUAUUUACAUGGUACUUAAUAUUACUAAAUAUAUUAUCUAUGCUGCUUUUUGUAUUAUUUGUUAUCCUUGUGUACUCUUCUAUAUGUUUAUGUAAUGAGAAAGAAUCAAGAAGUGAUAAAAACUCUGUUUUAUAUUUAUUGUCAGUCUUAAGUUCAAUGUUGAAAUCACCACCCAAGACAAUUGUUUUAUUCUCACCCUGUAUACUAUUUAAAAGUUUUUCUAACAGUUCUAAAAAUGUUUCUUUGUUACCUUUACAUGGCCUGUACAUUGCUAUUGCUAUAAAUACUUCUUUGUUGAUGGAGCAUUCUACUGCUGCACAUUCCAUUUCACCUUUUACUGAGAAGUCACUAAUUUUUUUCCUUGGUUUAUAUUCAAGACUUGAAUUCACAAAGACAGCUGCACCUCCAUGUUCGUUUUCGUCCCUACACCAUUGUGCUGCAAGAUUAAAGUUUUGUAUUGGUAGUAGUCUCAACUGCUCAUCUGUUUUCCAGUGCUCUGUUACAAGAAAGAGCAUACAAUUGUUUUCUUUUUGCAAAAAAUAUUGGAUUCUGUCCACAGCGUUGCCAAGAGACUGAACAUUCUGAUGGAUAACACUUAUGCUAUGUUUUUCCUGUGGAAAAAUGUUCUGUUUAUUAAUUUCAAUUUUUUUGGUUUGUGGAUGAACGAACAAUAAAGAAUAUCAAUGCACUAUAAAUAUGCCGAAUUCAACUGGUAUGUAUCUCUGCCUUUACUCAACAAAAAACCUUGCAUGUUCAGCGAACUUAGAGUGCGAAAGAAUUUGUCUUUUGCAAGACCAAUAUUUUCGCUGGCUUCUCUGAUUUCUUGAAGCGUGAAUAACGAUUUGGAAUGGAUUUCUGAUUGACUUUGAAGGACAUCCAGAAGUUUCA